GCGAUAUUUUUACAUUGCUUCACUCUGUUUAAACUGUUGUUAGGCGGUUUAAAUUAGCGGUACCAUGGGGUCGGUGUUGCCCGCAGAGGCUUUGGUGCUGAAGUCUGGAUUUAAACAGCAGAGUCUAUCUCUGUCUGAAAUCAUUACAUCAGACAUUCUCCACAGCUUUCUCUACGGGCGAUGGAGGAACGUUCUCGGGGAGCACCUUUUCGAAGAAAAAACGAGCAGCGUCAGUCCCAAAACUGCCUUCACUGCCGAGGUCCUGGCGCAGUCCUUCUCGGGAGAGGUUCAGAAGCUGUCGAGUCUGGUGCUGCCGAGCGAGGUCAUCAUCGCGCAGAGCUCCAUCCCCGGAGAGGGGCUCGGGAUCUUCUCCAAGACGUGGAUCAAGGCUGGCACGGAGAUGGGUCCCUUCACCGGGAGAGUCAUCUCCCCGGAGCACGUGGACCUCUUCAAAAACAACAACCUGAUGUGGGAGGUGUUUAACGAGGACGGUACGGUGCGCUACUUCAUCGACGCCAGCCAGGAGGACCACCGCAGCUGGAUGACGUACAUCAAAUGCGCUCGAAACGAGCAGGAGCAGAACCUGGAGGUGGUGCAGAUCGGCAGCAGCAUCUUCUACAAGGCGGUGGAGACCAUCCCCCCAGACCAGGAGCUGCUGGUGUGGUACGGAAAUUCCCAUAACACCUUCCUGGGCAUUCCUGGGGUUCCUGGAACUGAGGAGGAACAUCAGAAGAAACACAAGAAUGACGAUUUCCACCUGUGUGACGGCUCCUCGUCUUCCUCCUCCUCGUCGUCGUCCUCCUCCUCCUCCUCGACAGCCAGCCGCAUGCGCUGCGUCAUCUGCCACCGGGGCUUCAACUCGCGCAGCAACCUGCGCUCGCACAUGCGCAUCCACACGCUGGACAAGCCCUUCGUCUGCCGCUUCUGCAACCGCCGCUUCAGCCAGAGCUCCACGCUGCGCAACCACGUGCGUCUGCACACGGGCGAGCGGCCCUACAAGUGCCACGUGUGCCAGAGCGCGUACUCGCAGCUGGCCGGCCUGCGCGCGCACCAGAAGAGCGCCCGCCACCGCCCCUCCAGCGCCAGCGCCGUCUCCCUGCAGACGCACUCCCCUCCCCCCCCGCAGAUCACCCCUGUACCCCACCCCGCCUCGCUGGUGCACCACAUCCCCACCAUGGUGCUGUGAGGAAAGGACCAAACACCCACGCACGCACACACACACACGCACAUAUACAUGCAUACAACACACA